AUGCACACCCUUGCCUAUCUUGCAUGCUUUUUGCUUGGUUUUGUUUCGUUAGCCACCGCCAGCUUAGAUCCUUAUGAAAAAUUAGGCAAAAAAAGAAUCUUUUAUGCAUGCACCAAUCAAAUUCAAUCCGAAGUUUCCUUCUGUCCACCAAAGGAAAUAUCUUGUCAAUGUGUAAACGAAAACUAUAUGGCCACCAUUGCUGGAUGUUUAAGACGUGUUAAUGAAGACUUGAACUUCACGAUCAAUUUUAUGCAUGAAAAUUGUGUCUACUAUAAUGUUACCGUAGCUGACGAUUGGUAUGAUGGUGCUAUAAAGUUGUAUGACGAAAAGGCAAAGUCUGCUAGUGAGAUACCAAAUUUCAAUAUGUCCAUUCCUAUUGAUGUUCCGUUUAUAUUAAACACAACAAUGACUGGUAUGUAUCAAGAAGCUUUCAAAAGGUUUUAUGAAAAUUAUGAUACUUCUAUCGAAUAUGGUUCUGGUAUGCUAGGCUAUUGGUUAUUGGUGUUGAUAUUGGGUGCUAUUUUCAACUGGGUAAAAAUCUUGUUUCCCAAUAUCACCAAAAAGAUGACCCAUCCAGUGAUCAAUUGGUGGAGGCAAUAUGUCUCUAUGCCAGCUACAUUUAGAAAAAAAAAGCUGCAAGAACAAAACUUCUUGCGAUACUUUGGGUUUUUGAUUCCAUCCCGGCUUGAAUCAUUGGUGAUAUUUUUGUUCUAUUGUGUUACUAUAUGGCUUCAUGCAAUGAAUAGUAAAGCUAUUGACAAUGAUCCAGUAUUUGAGUCCAAGUACAAAGCUGAAUUGAGGUACGUGUCUGAUAGAAGCGGGAUCACAGCAACGUUGAUGAUGCCUUUGGUGUUUUUAUAUGCUGGACGGAAUAACUUUCUCCAAUGGUUAGUGCAAUGGGAUUAUAGUACCUUCAUGGCAUACCAUAGACAUACCGCAAGGGUCAUGUUUGCCUUAGCCGUGAUCCACUCGGUUGGGUAUACUAUUCUUUUAUAUGACGACUAUGCUGAGGAAGCUGCCGAGACUUACUUCUAUUGGGGUAUUAUUGCCACAACAGUGGGAGGUCUUAUCAUGAUUCAAGCAUUCUUUUACCUCAGAAGGAAAUGGUACGAGAUAUUCUUGUUCUUUCACAUCGUUCUUGCAGCUGUUUGGGUUGCCGGUGUGUGGCUACAUGUCACAGAUUUGGGUUUCAUUUGGUUAGUUUACCCUGCUGUUGCUGUUUGGUGCUUUGACAGAGUGGUGAGAAUAGGGCGUUUGAUUGCAUUUGGCUUCCCACAUGCCGAAGUUACCUUGUUGGCUGAUGAAACAUUAAAGGUUGUUGUUCCCAAGCCAAGCUACUGGCACUCAAUACCAGGUGGACAUGCGUUUGUUCAUUUUAUAAGGCCAACCUAUUUUUGGCAAUCGCACCCAUUUACAUUCACUGAGUCAACCAACAACGAGGACAGUAUUGUGUUGUACUGUAAGGUAAAAGGUGGUAUUACACACAGUUUGUAUCAAUUGUUGGUCAAGGCGCCAGGAAGAACUUGCAAGAUUAGAGUCAGUUGUGAGGGUCCAUAUGGUGAGCCCACGCCUGCAAGAUAUUCUGAUACUGCUGUAUUCAUUGCUGGUGGUAAUGGCAUUCCCGGUUUAUAUUCUGAGGUUGUCGACAUUGCAGAGAAAACACCAAUUAGUGACAACAAGUUGAAGUUGAUUUGGGUUGUAAGGGAAUGGAGAUCAAUAUACUGGUUUUAUGAAGAGUUACUCCACUUGAAAAAUACCAAAAUUGAGACAAUUGUGUAUAUUUCCCAACCAAAGUGCUAUACAUUCAUUGACGAAUUCAAUAAUCGUUUUGUUGGAUUAGAAGGAUUGGAGCUGGAGGAACUGAAUGAACUCAAAACGGGAUUAAACACGGAGGAUGUCAAGAUCGAGGAGUUUUCGACCGAGGAAACGCAAAGCUCAACCGAUAAAAUGGUCAGAAUUGACGAGCCUAUCCGCGAAAGUGAUGGCUCUUAUCAUAAGAUUGUUGAUAUCAUCAAAAGUGAACUUUCUCAUGUAAAGUUUAUUGAAGGCAGACCAAGCAUUGAGGAGCUAAUCCCUAGCGAAAUUCAUGAAUCAAACGGGUCCAUUUCGUUUGUCACCUGUGGACAUCCUGCCAUGGUUGACCAAGUUCGUUACUAUUGUGCCAAAAAUGUCUCAAACAAAGAAAAGAAAAGAGUUGACUUUUAUGAACAAAUUCAAGUUUGGGCUUAG